UGACUGAUUAGGCAACAUUUAUAAGCCGUCAUGGGUCACUGUUUCAUCAGUGUCGGCUUUCAAUAUGACGUCUUCACAGUUCUUCUUGGGGGUUUCCCUCUUUGCUUUGCUGAUUGUGGACAUAUGCUGUGUUCCUGUUAAGGGAGGCUUUAAUCCCCAUGAUUCCCGUGGCAGUAGUUACUCAAAUGCUGCUCCUAGUUUUGGAUCCAACUAUGUCCCACCUUCCAGUGACUUUUCACCUGGAGUUAUGCCAAACAGUGCUCCCUCUAAAGGUGUCUCCACACCAUCUUAUCAGCCUGUGCCACAGCCGAGGCCCAGUUUCCCUCAGCCUGCAGUUAGAGAGCCAGCAGCACCAGGCGGCUCUAGUUACUUUUCCAGACCUGUUGAAUCAGGCUACAGCGGCAGCACAAUGAGGAACCAUCCUGUUGGCUCUUCACCACCAGGUGCUGCUUUUCAACCUGGUUCUCGAGACAUCAAGUGGGCUGUUGCACCUCCAAGUGUCUUUGGUAGUGAGGAAAUGCCAGCUGGCACUCAUAGUGUUGGCUCCAGUAGCGCUGAGUAUGUGAGUCCACCUGGACCAGUGUACCAGGCAGGGGAGUUGGCCCAGUUUGAGGAAAGCUAUGAAACUGGUGACUUCCAGAGGGAGACAGAGGAGCAAGGCUUCCUGCCACCACCACCCCCACCCCCUCCAUUUUCUCCACACACAUCUGAAGGAGAGAGCUUCUCCAGCCAACCUCAGCCAGAGUCUGGACUGGGUGGAUUUGGUGGAAGCCUGGGUUUCUAUCCUUACUAUGACUACAUGUUCCUGACUGGCCAGUAUCCUCCAGGCACAGUCACUCAUGCCAGCAGCAGCUUUGAACAGGGGAUGGACCACUGGCAAGAUGUUCACUAUGUGAGAGACUAUGUUCCCCAGAACUCUGGCCCCAUCCAGGAGAGCGAGCCCUUCACUGGUGACUUGGCAGCCCCUCAGAGCUUUCAAGAGCCACAGCCUCCUUUGAAGACUGGCUAUGGACAUGGUGGCACUGCAGCUGGUCAACCUGGUUCUUCCUAUGGCGGCUUCAUACAGCCAACUCGCAGCCGAGCAGGAGGCUAUAACAGCGUCAAGGUUGGCUACUAAGUGGUGGAUCCCUCCAGCCUGAACAAGUUUCUGAACCAAUAAAAAAAAAAACAAAUCUUAAA